AUGAAUCUGCGGCUCUGCGUGCAGGCGCUCCUGCUGCUCUGGCUCUCCCUGACCGCGGUGUACGGAGGUGAGUGCUUGCCUCCUCCUUCUGCCGGGAAGGGGCUGGAGGAAGGCAAUGUCCGCCACCUGGUGCAGCCCAGAGGAUCAAGGAAUGGACCGGGGCCCUGGCAGGGAGGCCGCAGAAAAUUGCGCCGCCAGCGGCCACGCCUCUCUCAUAAGGGCCCCAUGCCUUUCUGA